UUGAUCCAGUAACGUGCGGGCGCGGCGUCGUGUCGUUGGUUUUGAUUUAAAUCAACUCCUAAUUUUAGGACAAUUAUAAUACCACUAAAUAUUUACGUGUUGAAUAACAGUGAGGUGAUUUUGAGUCCGUUGAUAAAAGUAAUACAAAGCUGUUAAGUGAAGUGCAGUUAAGUGACAAAAAUGUGUCAUUGUGGAUUUUUGAAGUUUUAGAAAUAAAGGAAAGUAAAUAUGAACUCUUUGCAAAAAGAAUAAUGAUACGAGUAACAUAAAAUGGCUGGUCGGAAUAGAUCGCCGUUUGAUCGUAAUUUGUUUAUUUGUAUUGCCUUCUCGCUUUUGCUGCCGAUGGCAGAUGAAGCGAGGGUUUACGAUGAUGCCCGAAGGUUUCCGAGCGAUGAAAAGCGGUUGACCCGGGAGGUGUAUUUGCGACAGGGUGUUCUGAGAGGGCUGAUAGUGAAACCUGGACGGCAGUACGAUCUGCAACCAGUGCAGAUGUUUUUGGGUGUACCGUAUGCAGCACCACCGGUUGGGAGCCUGAGGUUUAUGCCACCAGUGAGUGCUCCGCCGUGGUACGGAGUCAAAAUGGCGACCCGUUUCGCGCCAGUGUGUCCCCAGUCACUCCCGCAGAUCAAGAAAGGAAACCCACCAUCGCUCGGCCGUCAGCACUACAUUAACAGACUCAAGCCAUUCCUGAAGGACGAAUCAGAAGACUGCCUAUACUUAAACGUCUAUCUGCCUUACAGGGAGCAAAAAUCAAAGAAGUUUCCUGUGCUGGUGUUUGUGCACGGCGACUCGUUUGAAUGGAGUUCUGGGAAUCCAUACGACGGCAGGAUACUGUCUUCCUACGGAAACGUGAUGGUGGUCACCAUUAACUACCGGCUCGGUAUUCUAGGUUUUAUGAAACCCAGCCUUACCGAGCAUGUGUACGGGAAUAAUGGCUUGCUGGAUCAGUUAGCUGCCCUGCAGUGGAUAAAAGACAAUAUUGAAGAUCUAAAUGGAGACCCCACCUCUGUGACACUGAUGGGUCAUGGUACAGGGGCUGCAUGUAUAAAUUUUCUGAUGCUGUCACCUAUAUCUAAUGGUUUAUUCCACCGUGCAAUACUUAUGUCUGGGUCUGCGCUAUCUGACACCGCAAUGACUAAGGACCCGGAGCAAUAUACUCUUCAGGUUGCCCAGAGCCUCGGAUGUAAUCCAAGUUCCAAGAAUAUGAUGAGCUGCUUACAGAAUAAAACAUUAUCAGAAAUAAAGAAAGUUCAGAUACUGUCCCGGAAGUUCGAGACUCCGCUUGGGCCGAUCGUAGCUGGUUCAUUUAUACCCAGUGAGCCGGGGAAGACAAUGGAAUCAUUUCCCAAUCUGUUGAGCAGAUACCAACUCCUUAGCGGAGUCACUGAACUGGAGAGCUACCAUGAGUUUGGAGUCAUAGAACUUGAUCAUGGGAUAUUGGAGACACAGAGGGAUGAGUUCAUUAGGAAGUAUGCAAAAAUAGUAUACGAUGGUGCUGAGGAUUUGGCGUUAAAGGAAAUCCUUAAGCAAUAUUCACCAUCAAAGUUAGACCCGCAACGUUGGCCCGUGGAAACCAACAGAGAUGUUAUAUUGAAUAUGUUCAGCGACGCCAGAACCCUGGCUCCUAUGAUACGACUCGCUAACUACCAGUCGAAAGCGAACAGGCAGUCAUAUUUCUAUGUGUUUGGACAUAACUCUGUUAGCACAGAAUAUGCGCCGCUGAACAAGAGUGUACAUGGUGAGGAGAUGCCGUAUGUUCUUGGAAUUCCGCUAGGGGGCGCUCACACACACUUUCACGCAGAGUACACCGAGAGAGAAAAACUUUUAAGCGAAGUUGUGAUGAGGCUUUGGACAAAUUUUGUGAAAAAUGGAUCCCCAAACACACAGAGCGUGAACGAAUAUCAGACAUUAGAUAAGAAGGUGUGGAACCAAUACAAUGUGGAAUGGCCCGAAUAUAAUUCGGUUCAUCAACCCUACCUAAGAAUUGAUAUACCACCGUCAAUCAAAAGCUUGUAUAGAUCGAAUCACACGAGUUUUUGGAUCAACUCGUUGCCGAAAAAGUUGCAACAUUUUGUUGUGGAUCCGCUUUAUGAAUUCCCAGUUCCGUCCACGACAAGACCUAAAACGACGCACAGGGCUAUUGAUACAGUCAGAAAAAUUUGGUCACCGCCGGUAAUAAACCAACCUCAUUAUUCUGAAACAGCGUUUGGCAAGCUUCGACCCUAUUCACCCCCACAACAUAAAAGUGACACUGACGCGAUAUAUAGAGAAAUACAGUCUAUAAAAACACCAUCUCGUCCAAUCCCGCCCAGCUUAAUGGAAAAAACCGCUCUCACGACCGCAAAACCUACGAUAAAUAUGGCCAUUAAAACGUCCAGCAUGACUGUAACUCUCAUUAUAUCGCUCUCAAUUUUAUUUUUAGCUGUGAACAUAAGUAUAUGCUCAGUACUGUAUUUAAGAAAGAAGAAACUGCAAAGAGAUCGAUCGCUUCAAUGUACUCGUCCCUCCCGUGCUGAAAUGGGCGAGGUAGAUGUAAUAGGGCAGAAAAGUUCUAAGGAUGACAAAAGCACAUUACAAAAACUCAAAAACGGCUGCAGUGUUAUUAGAGCUAUGAGUAAUAAAAUGCCAAAGAAUAGUAAAAAAGUGAAAACAAAAGAAGUUUGUAAGACACCUAAGUCUGAUGAUUCCGGAGGCUUUAGAGAGCGAUUCCAGUUAAGAAGACAUUUGUCGACUAGUACCCUAGAUGCUCAUACAAAAGUAAAAGAUUGGAUCGCUAACGAAGUGAUGCAUAGAUGUUCACCCAAUAUUUUAAGAAAAUCAUAUUCUGAAACACAACAGAAAUCCGUUAAACAAUAUACAAGAUCAGAAGAAUUGUUAACUGAAAGUCAAAAGUUAAAUAAAACCUCGGAGAAGCUCGAUAAACAGCCCCUUAAUUCACUUUCAAACAAAUUUUCCUUAAAAAAUAAUACAUCUGAGAAAACCACAUCAACGUCGGCUCUUGAUUCACAAUCAUCAAUAAUUAGCAACAACAAAACAGAAAAAUCAAACGAUUCAUUGAAAAGUAAAGAAAGUGUAAAGUCAAAAAAAGUAUCAGUAGCAGUUGACGCUACGCCGUCAGCUCGUACAAAUUCAAUAUUCUCUCAAGAACCAAUAGAGCAUUCGAAAUCGGUAGAUGAUGUAGGAAUAAAUCCAGAUUAUAUUGAUGGAAAGAUAAAAGAUAUUGUUAAAAAUAACAAAGAAAUACCUGUCAGCGUGCAUAUUUGCAAAUCUCAAAGUGAUAACGUAUUCAAAAAUGAAUUGACACUUAGUUUAAAACCAGAAACUACUACACUAAAAAUUUCCCAUAAACAUUCCACUUCCGACCCUGUCACUAACGUGAAUUAUGAACAAGUAAAGCAAAAAAUUCAAAACAAUUCCGAGACAAUCAAUAUUCUACCACCAGUAACAUUCAGGAACGAUGUAAACGUGACAUCAUGUGAAGGUAGAAUGCAAUGCCAGCCUUUAUCUGCAGAAGAAGCAUUAAUGACAAUUAAGCGGAGGAACUUUCCAAAAGUACUUCCUGACUUGCCAAAGUGUCAGAAGAGACUUUCACUACAGCCAACGACUUUACAAACUUUCCGUAGUUAUUACGAAAGCUCUGAAAGUCAGACUGAGAAGCCCAAAGUUCCACCUCAACCUCCACCACGAACUACAACUUUAGAGCGUCGCCUCGCUUAUAGGAAUAGAAAAUUGCUAUCCUCAUUCGAAACUCCAAAUAAUAAGAACGUGUCGCAAAGUGACGCAUGUAGGAAUAAUAAUUACGAAAAUAUAGACGAAAUAUCUCCUUAUUAUGAUAUCAACAAAUUUAUAUCAAGAUCACUAGAAACAAAUAAAAUUCAAUGUAAUCAAACAAAUAUCCCGUCUCCAUUAAGAGAAUAUCCAAAAGUAAUAAUUGCAUCCAGCGAUACACCAUUCAUACCAGAAACAAAAAUAAUACUGAAACCUUCACCAAGCCACGGAGAUAUUCCCUUGAACACGCCUAGGGUAAGAUUACCCGAUGAUUUUCACUCUGCAUCAGUGUCGUCAUUUUCAUCAUAUUCUUCUGAUGAGGAUGACGAAGAAAUUAGUAAAUAUUUUGAUGAUGAAGAAGAUAAAUUAAUUCAGGAACUUGUAGGUGGUGUAGAGUCUCCAACUGGUAUGGAUGUUUUGGAUUCAAAAGGGCCUGAUACAAUAUUAAAAAAUAUUGAGAUAAUACCUGUUCAGCUUAACACUGUCCCACAACAGCAAUGUAAUGAUAAUUUCAUUUGUAUUACUGAUCUAUAUUUACCAGAAGUGAGUGGUUUUGAGGAAACAGCUCGAAUAAAACCAAAUUUCGGUUUGAACAAACUGAAGAACAGGAGUGAAAGUAUAAACCGACCACCCGAAAGGGCAAUGAAAGUGAAACACAAACCAACUAUAAAACCAACAAAUAUCUUGGGUAGAGUAAAGAGUAGUAGUGGUAGUAGUACGAUAAAAAGUAAUCCUAGCAAAUUAGAACAUUCUACUUCUGGAUCGUCUAAUGAUACUGAGACAAGUACAGGGACUGUUAAAAAAAUUUAAAAACAAAUAAAGCGAAAAAUUAUAUAAAAUAUUUAAUAAAAAUAAGCGACUAAGGUACUAAAGUUAACUUGCAUUUAUAAUUAAAAUAGUUUUAUACAAAA